AUGUACUCGAAGGUAGUGGCAGGGAAAGAGGUAUGGAGAAUCCACGAUACUCAAUCUAAAUGGGAUCUAUUCAUUAUUAAUCCCACACUCGUCUUCGGGCCUAGUUUGUCGCCCACGACAUCGGAGAGUUUUGCCAUCAUGAAACAAUUCGGUGAUGGGAGUAUCAAAUCGGGACGUCCAAAACUUAGUCUUGGAGUUGUCGAUGUAAGAGAUGUUGCUGAAGCUUAUAUUAAAGCAGCAUUCACUUCUGCAGCUAAGGGCAGAUACCUCGUCAAUGGCAGCAACACUACUCUUCUCGGAAUCAGAAAGAUUAGACCGGAAUUUAAUGCUUAUCCACUUCCCAAGUCCGAGGUUCCCAAGGCUCUCGUCUGGCUUGUUGGUCCAAUAAUGCUGAAAGGUAUGACGAGAAAGUUCAUCUCACAGAACUCAGUAGAGGAGCUUGACUCAAUAGAAGAGCUUGACUCAGUAGAUGAAGUCGACUCAGUGGAAGAGCUCGACUCAAUAGAUGAAGUCGACCCAAUAGACGAACUUGACUCAAUAGACGAACUUGACUCAAUAGAGGAGCUCGACUCAGUAGAGGAGCUUGACUCAGUAGAUGAAGUCGACUCAGUGGAAGAGCUUGACUCAAUAGAUGAAGUCGACCCAAUAGACGAACUUGACUCAAUAGACGAACUUGACUCAAUAGAGGAGCUCGACUCAGUAGAUGAAGUCGACCCAAUAGACGAACUUGACUCAAUAGACGAACUUGACUCAAUAGAGGAGCUCGACUCAGUAGAAGAGCUUGACUCAACAGAUGAAGUGGACUCAGUAGAGGAGCUUGACUCAAUAGAAGAGCUCGACUCAGUAGAGGAGCUUGACUCAGUAGAUGAAGUCGACUCAGUGGAAGAGCUUGACUCAGUAGAUGAAGUCGACCCAAUAGACGAACUUGACUCAAUAGAGGAGCUCGACUCAGUGGAAGAGCUCGACUCAAUAGAUGAAGUCGACCCAAUAGACGAACUUGACUCAAUAGAGGAGCUCGACUCAAUAGAAGAGCUCGACUCAGUAGAGGAGCUUGACUCAGUAGAUGAAGUCGACUCAGUGGAAGAGCUUGACUCAGUAGAUGAAGUCGACCCAAUAGACGAACUUGACUCAAUAGACGAACUUGACUCAAUAGAGGAGCUCGACUCAGUGGAAGAGCUUGACUCAACAGAUGAAGUGGACUCAGUAGAGGAGCUUGACUCAAUAGAAGAGCUCGACUCAGUAGAGGAGCUCGACUCAGUAGAAGAGCUUGACUCAACAGAUGAAGUGGACUCAGUAGAGGAGCUUGACUCAAUAGAAGAGCUCGACUCAGUAGAGGAGCUUGACUCAGUAGAUGAAGUCGACUCAGUGGAAGAGCUUGACUCAACAGAUGAAGUGGACUCAGUAGAAGAGCUCGACUCAGUGGAAGAGCUCGACUCAAUAGAUGAAGUCGACUCAGUAGAGGAGCUUGACUCAGUAGAUGAAGUCGACUCAAUAGAUGAAGUGGACUCAGUGGAAGAGCAAGUUGCGUCCCAACAAUAG